CAAGUGAAGCAGGGAAUUCCUCAGAGCCAGCCUUGGCUUCCUCCAGGACAGGACGGGACUCGCUCGCGCCCUCUCUGUUUGACUGGACUGGGAAAUUCCCCGCCGCCCCGAGCUCCGCCCCGCGCAGAAAUCCCCUUGGCCGAGCCUGUAUAGCCAAGCGCCGCUUGCCUGCGCCGCUCGCCACAGUUUGCCUACAGCAGCCGGAUCCAGUCGCCCGUCUGGCCUCGCUCGCUCUCUCUGCAGCGUAACCCCCACAAGUGCCAUGUUUAACCCCAGCCCCCUGGAUUACACUGUGGAUUUUACGAUGAACGGCCACCCCCGGGAUAUGCUGAAGAAGGACCGGCAGCUCAGCCUGGUCCAGGACGACCGCCACGACAGCGGUUUGGACUCCAUGAAGGAGGAGGAGUACGACCAGUUCGUCCAGGAGCUGAAGGACAUUCGCCUCCAGCCCAAGGAAACCUGCGCGCCCCUGCAGAGCUCGCCUUGCCAGCCAGCGCCGGCUUGGAAGCAGCAAGUGACCGAAGACGGAGACACAUUUCUCCAUCUGGCUAUUAUUCAUGAAGAAAAGGCUUUGAGUUUGGAAAUCAUUCACCAGACAGGAUGUGACAAAGCCUUCCUGAAUUUCCAGAAUAAGCUAGGCCAGACGCCACUUCACUUGGCCAUGAUUACAGAUCAGCCAGAAAUCGCUGAAGCCCUUCUGAAAGCUGGAUGUAACCCAGAGAUCAGAGACUUCCGAGGAAACACACCUCUCCACAUCACUUGUGAACAAGGAUCUUUGCGGGGUGUUGGUGUUCUCACACAGUACUCCCCUCAGCACCAUCUCAGUUCCCUCCUCCACUUUCGCAACUACAGUGGCCACACAUGUCUCCAUUUGGCAUCAGUUCAAGGAUAUCUGGCCAUUGUUGAAUGUCUCCUGUCCUUAGGAGUGGAUGUUGAUGCUAAGGAACCAUGCAAUGGUAGAACUGCCUUGCAUUUGGCUGUAGAUCUGCAGAAUGAAGAACUGGUGUCACUCCUGUUAAAACAUGGUGCAGAUGCGAACAAAGUCACCUAUCAAGGCUAUUCUCCAUACCAGCUCACUUGGGGGAGAAACAACUCUGUCAUACAGGAACAGCUGAAACCAUUUACCACACUGGACCUACAGAUGCUGCCCGAAAGCGAAGAUGAAGAUAGCUGUGAAUCUGAAUCAGAGUUCACAGAGGAUGAACUUCUGUAUGACGACUGUGUUAUUGGAGGACGAUUUGUGCCUUGUUAAAGCGAGAGGGUUGCAAACAAAAUGCGAACAAUUACUGAACUAUCACACUGCACAGCAUAGAGCAUGUUGUUUUAACAACAGGUAUCACAGUCCAAGCAUGAAUUGUGGUUGUCAGACACCUGGAGAAAACGGGGCUUUUUUUGCACCAAAGAGUUGGUUGUCCAAAUAAAUGAGCAGAAUUAAGAACCAGAAGGUCCAGCUAUGUAAUCAGUCAGUGUUCUGCAGAAGGGCUGGCCUGAUUCUCACUGCCCUUUGGAAAGACAUUCCAUAUGCGUCCACCAGGCUGAUGAAACGCAUCCCAGAGACUGAGCUCAGGUGUGCUUUGUUGUGCAUAGCAGACAAAGGCACCCUGGAGCCCAAAGAAUAUCUGUGGUCCACGCACAGGAAAGUGAACAAUAACAUCCAGACUGUAUAUUAUAAAGCCUUGUGCCUUCCAAUAUGUAUAUUAUGUAUAUGUUGUAAAUGUUGUGAAUAAUUUUUUUGGUACUCGUAAUAUGUAUAUUUAUUUUUAAAAAAUGAAAAAUGCACUGGACUGGUGAAAAUCA